ACGCAUCAUACAUACAUCAACUUUGAGGUCUAAUUGCAGGCGUAAAAUGUUAACAUUUUUUCUAAAUAUUUACUCUUAACAAGCAGUAUCAUACGACGUUUUGAAUUCAGCAUCAGCUGAUUCCUGGAAAAUCGCGAUAGGAAAAAUCUUUGCAGAACGCAAUGCUAUCUCAUAACGAACGCUAUUUAUAGAUACAUUGAAAUACUGGGUGCAAAGUUUGAAGUCAGUUAUAACCACUCGAUAAACAUACUGGACAGUGAAUCGGAAGCUGUUCUGUUAGAACAAUGGAUUUCAAAUGUCCACUCUGUGAUAUGCCAAUGCCGUCGCUGGAAAAGCUCAAACAACACAUCAAAAAUACUCAUAGCGCAUACUUUUACGAUACCUACCUAUUUCCGCCGGAAAUGCUUUUUCCUGGGGCACCCUCCAGCAUUGCGACAAACAAUUUGGAAGGAGUGAUAACGAGCGAACCGAUUUCUACACCGGAAGUCACAAUCGAACAGACAGAAGAACCAUGCUGCAUGUGCUGUGAGUAUGAAACGGCCGAUGGAGAUGGAACUGACUGUGGUUUGUGUGAUUGUAACUGCGAGGAUGACGGCGGUGCUGAAUGUGAUGACUGUAUGGUGAUGUUUUCCCAUCACCAGUAUUUAUUUGAUCUUUAGAAGUGAUAGUAGUCACACUUUUUAUUAUUAUUAUUUUUCAUAAAAUGAUAUUUUGGUUUUUAAGAAAUAGUUG